UGAGGGUGGUGACGUCGAGAGCCCAGCGCGCGAAACCGCGGAGGGAUUGAGGGGGUGAGAAAAAUGAGGGCGGGGCCUCGCUUCCUUUCCUCACCCGCUGCAGCGGUAGUGGCACAGACGACCGCGGGGACUGGCAGCCUGGCAGAAGGGUCAAAGGAGACUCAAGAGGGCCCUUCCAUAUUCCAGGACCCUUUGCCGCGCUCCAGUUCAUUGCACCCUAGCCUUCGGUAUCCUCUCUUUCCUCAGCUUCGUGCUCGUCGCCGCUGCGGCGGAGACGCCCCCCGGACUCUUCGCGAGAGGGAAGCCGCGCGUGCGCAGCACAAGAAGGGAGUGGGCAAGAGUCCGAGACCCCAGGCCUGGGGGCGGGACGCGUGCGCAGACCGAGGGGCUGGGGGAGGGGGGGCGAGCUGCUGGGUGGGGGGGCCGGGUGCCACUGAGAGCGCGCCCCCCUGCCCCGCCUCCGUACGAGCCUCCGUACUAACCCCGGCGCCCGGACCGGGUCAGACUGGGCCAUGACGUUCCUAUCGGGCCCGCGCCUCCUGGACUGGGCCAGCUCGCCCCCACACCUGCAAUUCAACAAGUUCGUCCUGACGGGCUACCGGCCGGCCAGCAGCGGCUCGGGCUGCCUGCGCAGCCUCUUCUACCUGCAUAACGAGUUAGGCAACAUCUACACCCACGGCUUGGCCCUCCUGGGUUUCCUGGUGCUGCUGCCCCUGACCAUGCCCUGGGGACAGCUGGGAGGGGGCGGCUGGCUGGGGGGAACCCACUGUGUGGCCUGCCUGGCGCCCCCUGCAGGCUCUGUGCUCUACCACCUCUUCAUGUGCCACCGUGGGGGUAGCCCUGUCUACGCCCGUCUCCUUGCCCUGGACAUGUGUGGGGUCUGCCUCGUCAACACCCUCGGGGCCCUGCCCAUCAUCCAUUGUACCCUGGCGUGUAGACCUUGGCUGCGCCCAGCAGCCCUGGUGGGCUAUACUCUCUUAUCUGGGUUGGCAGGCUGGCGGGCCCUCACUGCCCCCUCAACUAGUGCCCGGCUUCGGGCCUUUGGCUGGCAGGCAGGAGCACGACUACUGGUGUUUGGGGCUCGAGGGAUGGGGCUGGGAGCAGGAGCCCCAGGAUCUCUGCCCUGCUAUCUUCGAAUGGAUGCAUUAGCGUUGCUGGGGGGGCUAGUGAAUGUGGCUCGGCUGCCUGAACGCUGGGGGCCUGGUCGCUUUGACUACUGGGGUAAUUCCCAUCAAAUUAUGCAUCUGCUCAGUGUUGGCUCCAUUUUACAACUGCAUGCUGGUGUUGUACCUGAUCUGCUCUGGGCUGCCCGCCAUGCGUGUCCUAAGGACUGAGCUAUUUUUUUAAUCUGCAAAAAAUUGCCCCUACUCCUUGAAGCUAUAGAAGGUUCCUUUUUUCCUUCAAGGCCUCUCAAAAUCUAUAGCCUUGUUUUUCCCUAGGUCUUCCUUUUCAAGUCUAUAGAGCUUUCUCAUGUUGCCUAAGCAUGAGCUCUAGAGUACCAAAGGCUUCAAUUGAGUUCCCUAAAUUUGUACUCUUUUCCUUUCUCAGGACUGUAGAGGGCUGACCAGCUCUAUAGAAUUCCUUUUUUUUUUUUUCAUCUACUCCAGAAUAAGUUCUCUUUGUCAUUUUCCAACACUAUUUCUCUGGCAAGGGCUUACUCUGAGAGAGGUGGUAUGAUGUGAGUGAAUGACUGACAGCAUCAGAAAACAAUGGGUUAUAGUCUUUAACCACCCCAUUUUUCUGUACCUUAGACAAGUCUUAAGGCCUUGGGUCCCUCAUCUGUAAAAUGAGGGUCAAGUUAUUUAAGUUUUACAAUUCUGAAACUGAAAUUUCAUCUAGGUUUCCAACUCUAGAAGUUAAGCCACCUCUCCUCCAAGCCAAUAGUAACCUUGCCUAUUAUCUGAAGUCCUUUUCUCUUUGCUAAAUUGGAUAGGGAGAAUUGAGGGAGACCCUAAGCUUCUCCAGUAUUUGGGUAGCCUUAAGCAGCACCCCUGAGAAAUUUGCACAACUAACUAAAGUCUCCUUCCCUGGCAUGCUAGCCCAUUAUAUUUAACUUUGUACAAACUACACCUCUGAGAUUCUUCUCUUCCCCUAUCCCCUUAAAACUGCCCCCUUUCUCCACCCUCCCCCCACAACCAUGGAUUUAAGGAUACCAAACAUCAAGAUGUCUGCUUCUUGCACAAGGCCUCUUUGCACAAGGAUUGAGCUAGAGUGGUCCCUGCAGAAGAAAAUUCAGCUCACACAAAGACUAUAAAAACCACUCCCAAACUACGGCAAAAGACUAGUUCUCUGGUCCAAGAAUUCAGGCUUUUCUACUCUGCAUAAGAUGGAUCCAGAGGGUUUUUAAAUGCCCAAGCAAACUUUAAGCCUCACCUGUGGACUGAACUGCCCAGGUCUAAACUCCUGCACUUUUUGCCUAAGGAUGGUGCUCUUUGACUGUUGGACCUUUAAGACUUGGAAACCUCUCCAUUCCUGACAUGAAGAUGCAAUUCUAAUCACCAGUCUUCUUGUAUGAGGACUUCAGCCUUUUGGAACAGGAGUGUCUCCCACCCUAGCCUCUAUCUUUAGGGUUGGUAGAGCCAAGGAUAAAGUCAAUAAAUGGAACAAGAUGAGCUGA